AUGGACAGGAUGGGCGUGCAGCGGUUCGCCAUGGUUAGCGUUAGCUACGGCCACUUCGUGGGGUACUGGAUGGCGGCCAUAUACACGGAGUCCAUGGAGCUUCCAGAGGACGUGCGGCGGCUCAUGAAGUUCUCCUUCAUUCAGCCACCGCCCGUCAUGCCCUCCCGCUUCCUCAAGAUCUACAUCAACGUGAUGGGCUCAUAUCAUAUUCAGGAGAAGACCGAGCUUUUGCAUGCUCUGACCAAUGAUAGGAAGCUAUCAGAUCUUCCAAAGAUAAGCCAGGUAGUUUCUCAUCGCAGUAUGCUGCCAACAGUGAUCAUUUGGGGGGAGCAGGAUCAAGUUUUCCCAAUGGAGCUGGCGGCCUGGUACAACAUGCAUCUUGAGGAGAAUUCUAGAUUAGUAGUUGUAAAGAACGCUGGGCAUGCAGCCAAUCUAGAAAAGUCCAAAGAGGUGUGCAAUAACAUCAUCGAAUAUCUCCAAGAACCAUUUUCAGACGCGUCAAUUUGGGGAAUCACUCGCACCAUCGUCGUCUUCGCCCGCGUCCGCGCUCGUGUCGCUGAGCCCGGCGCCCGCCUCCUUCCACCGACGCACGCCAGCCAUUCCGAAGGAGCGCUUCCCUUGUCGCCGUCCUCCUCCCCCGCCUCUACCUACCCUGUCCUCCGCACCGCUCCCCUACUGUUGGGACUUGGGAGAUUGCUCAUCGCUUGCUCGUAA